CAGCACUUGAAGAGCACAAGUCAUUGUUGAUAGCAUGGUGCACUUCCUCGAAGUUCGGCACCUCUUCAUUUUACUUGAUUUGGAUCUCCAAAGGCCCUCGAGAUGCCACCUUGGUUUCCACUAGAACCCCUGCGAGAAGAUGCUUUGGCGGAAUCGAAGAAGCAAACCUUGGAAUCAGUAAAACGGUUCGACGGCUAAAACAUCCAUCCCCAUGGGGAAGUCUGCCGUGCGUCUGAAAAUUCAGACGAAGGUUGCCGGCAGAAUUUUACGUGACAAACGUCUGAGAAAUACUGAAGCACUGUUUUCGUUGGAUGCGACCGCUACGAAAAAUCUCGUGAGAAUGCGAAUUACCCUAGAGCGCAGCCUACAGCGCAGCUUAGAGCCCCAAAAACGCCGAGGCAUGAUGCGGCUAAAAAGUUUACGAAUCGAAUCUUCCGCAGCACCGCCAGGCCACGUCUUCGAGACGUUGACGCAAAGCUCGGCCCAGGUGGCUUUUCGCCUAACGAAAGCAAGGGAACCAAGUCUUUUGGUCCCAAUUCCGAAGUGGGAUCUGCCCCUUUCUCGACUUCGGAGGACUUGCUUCGAUCGACAUUUGGAGAUUCAAGGCCAAUCUCUAUUUUCGAUUCUCCUUCUCCCAAUUUGCGCCCAAUGGACUGAUGAAGACCAUCGCGGCUCUUCCACUUCCAAUCUCUAGCAUUUUUCUUGUGCCCUGCAUUGAUGGCCGUCUUCUCUUCUUUCUAGCUCCUAGUACCGUCAACACCUCUGCCUUUCUUUCGCCCCCAAGCAACCCGACGUGGCGGCGACGCGACAUCGGUCCAGCAUCCUCGAGUUCGCCGGUGUCGACGGACAACUUUCCUGGUUGUACGAAGCUGCCAUUUACACCAUUGCCGGUUUAUUAAUGCCUC